CGUUGCCACGACGAAUGCGCCGCGCACGAAUUAAAAGGCCACAGCGAUGCGGAUAGGCACCACCGCUCGCUCCGGGGCCCACGCGUGUCAGUGGCCUGACGCCGCCGCCGAAGCACACCCCGGCAAGCAACCAGCCGUGGCGCCGCCAGCCUCCGUCAUCCCACGGCGGAGGCCGUUGUGCACCCCGCGCGCUUCAUUCCGAAGCCACCGGCGGGUCGCCUCCGGCCUCGCCUACUUAAGGCCGCAGCCUCCGGGUCUCCCUGCACCCCGCACUCACUCCUCGACCUGCGCUGCCUGAUUGGUUAGUCGUUAGAACUUGGAGCGUAUGGGUUCCAAAGAAACGCUCUGUCGUACCCGUACUAUUCUCUGCUUCUUGCUUCUCUUCUGCGUGAGCUGCAAAUGUUCGGCAUCAGAAUUUGAGAUCACACAAGUGGCAAGCCUUGGUGUUGAUGCCUCAUCGCACCUUGCUCGAAAGAUCCCUGAUACGCUGUUUGGAAUAUUUUUUGAGGAGAUCAACCAUGCAGGAGCUGGUGGAAUAUGGGCAGAGCUUGUUAGUAAUAGAGGUUUUGAAGCUGGAGGCCCCCAUACUCCAUCAAAUAUUGAACCAUGGUCCAUCAUUGGAGAUGACUCUUCCAUAUUUGUGGGAACAGACCGCACGUCAUGUUUCAGGCGAAACAAGGUUGCUCUAAGAAUGGAGGUUCUCUGUGAUAACUGCCCAGCUGUCGGUGUUGGCAUUUACAACCCUGGGUUCUGGGGCAUGAACAUAGAGGAUGGGAAGACCUACAAUCUAGUUAUGCAUGCCAAGUCACCAGAAAUGAUAGAAAUGACAGUUUCACUAACAAGCUCUGACGGAUUACGAGUUCUGGCUUCAGCUGCCAUACGAGUACUCGGCCGAUCGAAUUGGAUAAAAUUGGACCAGAAGUUGGUUGCUCAAGGAACAGACAGAACCUCAAGACUUCAAAUAACAGCUAAGACAAAGGGAGUUGUAUGGCUUGAUCAAGUAUCACUCAUGCCUUCGGAUACAUACAACGGGCACGGUUUCCGCACAGAACUCAUAUCCAUGCUUUUGGAUUUAAAACCCCGGUUCUUGAGAUUCCCUGGAGGUUGCUUUGUUGAAGGCAGUUGGUUAAGAAACGCAUUCAGAUGGAGGGACUCUAUAGGUCCAUGGGAAGAGAGGCCUGGACACUAUGGGGAUGUCUGGAAUUACUGGACGGAUGAUGGCCUCGGAUAUUAUGAGUUUCUUCAGCUUUCUGAAGACCUCGGUGCUGCCCCAGUCUGGGUAUUCAACAAUGGAAUCAGCCACCAUGAUGAAGUUGAUACUACUGCUAUUGCUCCUUUCGUAAAGGAUAUACUGGACAGUCUAGAAUUUGCAAGGGGGAGUGCAGAAUCAACAUGGGGUUCUGUUAGAGCUGCAAUGGGGCAUCCUGAACCAUUCCCAGUCAAAUAUGUUGCAAUCGGAAAUGAAGAUUGUGGGAAAGAAAAUUACCGUGGUAACUACCUUAAGUUCUACAAUGCUAUAAGAGAGGCCUAUCCAGACAUUCAGAUGAUUUCAAACUGUGAUGGUUCAUCUGGACCACUUGACCAUCCUGCUGAUCUAUAUGAUUUCCAUGUCUAUACCGGUUCCAGGGCACUAUUUUCCAUGAAGAAUACAUUUGACAAUACCUCUCGUAGUGGGCCCAAGGCUUUUGUUAGCGAGUAUGCUGUUACAGGAAACGAUGCCGGCAGAGGAAGUCUUCUUGCUUCAUUGGCAGAGGCCGCUUUCCUUACUGGGCUGGAGAAGAAUAGUGAUGUUGUUCAUAUGGCAAGCUAUGCACCGCUCUUCAUAAAUGAUAACGACCGCACGUGGAACCCAGACGCUAUCGUCUUCAACUCCUGGCAGCAAUAUGGAACUCCCAGUUACUGGAUGCAGAAGUUUUUCCGUGAAUCAAGCGGCGCUACAAUCCAUCCCAUCACAAUCAGUUCAAGCUACUCUGGUUCGCUGGCAGCAUCCGUGAUCACGUGGCAUGAUGACGAGAACAGCUUCCUGAGAGUUAAGGUUGUGAACUUUGGGCCAGAUGCCGUGAGCCUUACAUUCUCGGCAACUGGGCUCCAGGGCAGCAUCAAUGCGCUCGGAUCCACCGCCACUGUUCUCACAUCUGGCAGUGUAAUGGACGAGAACUCCUUCGCUAACCCAAACAAGGUUGUGCCGGUGACGAUCGAGUUGCGUAACGCCUCGGAGGAGAUGGAGGUGACGCUGCCUCCCCACUCUCUCAGUGCAUUCGACCUGGCGCUGGCGCAGUCCAGGCUUGUAGCGGAGAUGUGAAGCGAAUGACACGGCGUUGGAGAAUAAGAGAACGAUGGGCAGGGCAAAGCACCGGCAACAGCGAGCGGAGAGGGGUCAGUGCGCGCGCUUGUGUCCUGAUAAAGCACUGUAUCAUGUGUGUAUGGUGGUGUGGCAUGAAGGAAAUACUGGCGUAAAUAAAAAUCACGUCAGGCUUGUUUUCUUUUCUUUUCUGAAAGCACAUUUUCAGUUUUUCUUGGUGAAGGUAAAAGGAAAGGUUUGUCUCUUGGGAAAAGCUUGGCUUC